GUUGCCGGGCCCUAUAUCCGGUGUCCGCCCGCCCGCCCUCCGCUCCGCCGCCGCCGCGAUGCUGUCCCGGUCCCGCUGCGUGUCCCGGGCGUUCAGCCGCUCGCUCUCCGCCUUCCAGAAGGGGAACUGCCCUCUAGGGAGACGUUCCCUGCCUGGGAUCUCCUUAUGUCAGGGACCAGGUUACCCUGACAGCAGGAAGAUUGUCAUUAACAACAGUAGUGUCUUCAGUAUUCGCUUCUUCAGAACUUCAUCUGUAUGCAAGGAUGAUGUGAUUACAGUCAAAACCCCAGCAUUUGCAGAAUCGGUCACAGAAGGGGAUGUCAGGUGGGAGAAAGCUGUUGGAGACACAGUUGCAGAAGAUGAAGUGGUUUGUGAGAUUGAAACUGACAAGACAUCUGUGCAUGUUCCAUCACCAGCAAAUGGCGUGAUUGAAGCUCUUUUGGUACCUGAUGGGGGAAAAGUAGAAGGAGGCACUCCUCUUUUCACACUCAGGAAAACUGGCGCUGCUCCUGCGAAGGCCAAGCCAGCUGAAGCUCCUGCUGCCGCAGCCCCAAAACCAGAGCCUGCAGCCUCGGCAGUUCCUCCUCCGCCUGCAGCAUCUAUACCGACUCAGAUGCCACCAGUGCCCUCGCCCUCACAACCUCUUGCUAGCAAACCGGUGUCUGCAGUAAAACCAGCUGCUGCCCCUGCAGUAGCUGAGCCAGGAGUUGGCAAGGGUCUGCGUUCAGAACAUCGGGAAAAAAUGAACAGGAUGCGGCAGCGCAUUGCCCAGCGUCUGAAGGAGGCCCAGAAUACCUGUGCAAUGCUUACGACUUUCAAUGAGAUUGACAUGAGUAACAUUCAGGAGAUGAGGGCUCGGCACAAGGAAGCUUUUCUGAAGAAACAUAACCUCAAACUAGGCUUCAUGUCGGCGUUUGUGAAGGCCUCAGCCUUUGCCUUGCAGGAGCAGCCUGUUGUAAAUGCAGUGAUUGACGAUACAACCAAAGAGGUGGUGUACAGGGAUUAUAUUGACAUCAGCGUUGCGGUGGCCACCCCUCGGGGUCUGGUGGUUCCCGUCAUCAGGAAUGUGGAAAGUAUGAAUUACGCUGAUAUUGAGCGAACCAUCAGUGAACUGGGAGAGAAGGCCCGAAAGAAUGAACUUGCCAUUGAAGAUAUGGAUGGUGGUACUUUCACCAUCAGCAACGGAGGCGUUUUUGGCUCGCUCUUUGGAACACCCAUUAUCAACCCCCCGCAGUCUGCCAUCCUGGGCAUGCAUGCCAUAUUUGAUAGGCCAGUGGCUAUUGGGGGCAAGGUAGAGGUGCGGCCCAUGAUGUACGUGGCCCUGACAUAUGAUCACCGGCUGAUUGACGGCAGAGAGGCUGUGACUUUCCUCCGCAAGAUCAAGGCAGCGGUAGAGGAUCCCAGAGUCCUCCUACUAGACCUUUAGGAGGAAGCCACACGCCCUACACAUCGACCAUGCAGGAACUGAAAACCAGUCUUCUCCCUGUCCCCUUACGGGCCCCAGGUUAGCCUGGUGACAGACAGGCAUAUGCUGUUGGCCUCAAGCAAGGAAACCAGGGCACUAUGUAACCAGCAGUUGCAGGUCUCUUCUUUGGUGUUCCUGCCAGGCUCUCUCCCUCUCUGCACCCUUCUCUUACACUCGAAUAUCUUAUUUCCUAAGGCUUGAGGGAGAGAGAGAGCCUUAAUGGAUGCUCGUUAAUAUUCCUGCCCUUCCUCCACUAGCCCUCUGCAGAGAUGAUUCUGCUUCUCCCCUGUGUCAGUAUACUGUAGGGAAACCACUGGCGACCAUGUGAUUAAGCUUCUAUCUUUUGGAAGUCUGUUCUCCAGAGAUGCCUAGGAGGGUGGUGUGCCUCCCAAGCUCGGAGCAGCCUCUGUCCUGCCUGUGCACAUCCUCACCCGAUUCCAUCUGAGUGGAGGUAUUGACCACAGGCCAAGAGGUGCUGCUCUGCUUCUUAAAUGGCGCCUUCAUUCUCAGCUGUCAGUGACUUCAAGCUGCCUCUUCUACCUCUUCCAGGAAGCACAGGCCAGGAGAUUAAGGGGGUUGAGGGGAUGGAUAGGCAAUGUUAAGAGGGGGAGAGGGCAGAUCCUCCCUGAGGUCAUAUGUUGUCACCGAGACAGGAGCAGAAUCCAGGUCUGCCCUCACACUCUUCAUCGUAGCUUUGCACCAGGAAGACCCAUUUUGGCACAGCCACACACUACUGUGGUUGUGACCACCUUUCCAGGCUGCUAGGAACCAUUCUACCACAUUGUUCUCACUUAGAGCAGAUCCUAGCACAUGGCAGUGAGACAGAGCAUGUCACAGCCAAGGGCUAGAUGGCGCCUGGUAGAGACUGGGGUGAAGGAGGCUUCCUAUGGACUGGCUCUGGUUGACUUGAGCUUCUAAAUUCCAUUGGUAAAAGCCUGUGGGUAAAAGGUGGCUCUGUUCCUUCCUGCAUCAUGGCCCUUAGGGAGCAGGGCCUUAGCUCUUCCUCUGCAGAACACAGGUCUGGGGGGAGGAUGGAUGGUGGUGGAAACUAGCCCGAGAUUCUAGUACACAGUAGGUAAGUGGCUGAUGUCACCUCUGAGGUAUUGCCCGUUUUUGCUUGGGCACAAUCAUUGGUAUUCCUUGGAGCAUGAUUAAAUGCACACGUCUUGUCAUGAAAGCUACUGGGCUUCAUCACUUUGUAUCCAGCUGCAUCCAGGCCUGAGGCUGCUGAGCCAUUUCUUUAGUGCAGGGUGUCCAUUUGUACUUUGAUAAAAGAAGCAAGGCCUGAGGGUUGGGGUGAGGGAAGGGGUGGGAACCAGUACUGAGUGCCUGCAGCAUCUACUAUGUCUUCACUAUUCAGAACUUGUAACUAAAAUAUUUAAAGAAACUGAUUUUAAAUGCAAAUUAAAGGGCAAGUAUUUGCAAACAG